AUGACUGUUGAGGAGCUCGAGGCAUUCCUCAAGACCGAAGAGUCCCAGAAUACCGGUCAGAAGAAAGAAGACGGCGAGGCGAUUGGACAUGAGAGCGGUCGCAAGAUUGUCGAUAUCCUCAAGCGCAACCCUGAAAAGGACCCCUCGAAGUAUACCGAGGAGGACCAGGAGCACAUGCGGCGCGUCGUCUCAUAUUGCAAACGUCAUCUCGCCCAGGAGUCACACUUGAAAGAUGAGAAGACGGAGGAGGAGCUGGAGGGUAUGAAGUCUACCCUCAGUCUCAAGAAUUGGGGUCAUGACCCUCUGAAGUCCUCAGCCGGCGCCGACGGCGGUAGCAACAAGCCUAAAUCGUCCGGCAAGCCCAGCUCCAAGAAGGCGCCGAAGAAGAACGACAAGGAAGAAGAGGCUGCUAGCGAGAAACCAGCUUCAAAGUCCGCUUCGAAGCCCGCCAGUAAGAAGGCCGAAAAGCCCGCGAACAAGAAAGACGAGACGAAGGAGGCUGAGAAGCCGAAGUCGAAGCCGGCUGCCAAGCCUGCUAGCAAGAAGGCAGAGAAGCCAGCGGCAGUAGAGGAGGAUAAGGACGGAGAGGCAGAGGCAGAGGCAGAGGCAGAAGCGGAAGUAGGGGAGAAGAGGGGCGCGAAUAAGGCAGAGAAGAAGGAGAAGCCAGCUGCCAAGAAGGCGAAGGUCGAGAAGCCUGUCACGGAGGGGACGAGGAAGCCACCUAGCCGGAGUGCGAAGAAGGCGUAA